CAAUUUCAUAUCUUAAUUAAAAAUGAACACUACUCUCUCUGAAGCCUACAAAGCACACCCUCUCCACCUCCGUGACAUUAUUCCCUUAGACUUUUCUUCAGCCCAUAGCUUACCUGAUUCUCACGCAUGGUCUCACUCUCAACCCAACGAUGAUGAUUAUGUCUCAUUCAAUGAUGAUGCAUCAUCAUCAUCAUUCAUACCCAUCAUAGACCUCAUGGAUCCAAAUGCCAUGGAACAAAUAGGCCAUGCAUGUGAGAAAUGGGGUGCUUUCCAAUUGAAGAACCAUGGCAUACCCUUUUGUGUUAUUGAAGAUGUAGAAGAAGAGGCUAAAAGGCUCUUUGCUCUUCCCACUGAACAGAAGUUGAAGGCUCUUCGAUCUCCUGGUGGUGCGACGGGGUAUGGCAGAGCAAGGAUUUCACCGUUCUUCCCAAAGUUCAUGUGGCAUGAAGGGUUUACCAUCAUUGGUUCUCCCUCUCAUGAUGCCAAAAAGAUAUGGCCUAACGAUCAUGCAGGGUUUUGUGAUUUGAUGGAGAAUUAUGAGAAGCAAAUGAAGGUUCUAGCGGAGAGACUAACACAGAUGAUGUUCAGCUUAAUGGACAUAAGUGAGGAGAAAACAAAGUGGGUUGGUGCAAGCAACAUAAGUGGAGCUGUUCAGUUAAAUUUUUACCCAAGUUGUCCCGAGCCAAACCGAGCCAUGGGCUUAGCCCCUCACACAGACACUUCUCUCUUCACAAUUCUUCACCAAAGCCGAAUCACUGGUCUUCAAAUCUUCAAGGAAGGAAAAGAGUGGGUUCCUGUGCACCCUCACCCUAACACCCUGGUCGUGCACACUGGAGAUCUCUUGCACAUCAUUUCCAACGCCAGGUUCCGUAGUGCACUUCACCGUGUAACGGUGAAUAGUACACGGGAACGUUACUCUGUGGCUUAUUUCUAUUCUCCACCGUUAGAUUAUGUGGUUUCUCCUUUAGUUGACUCUGUCGCUCGUUUUCGUGAUGUGACUGUGAAGGAGUAUAUUGGGAUCAAAGCCAAGAAUUUUGGAGAAGCAUUGUCUUUGAUUAGUACUUGAAAUUAUAUGUAUCUUAAUUAUGUUAUGUAUUAAUUCCUUAAGCAUUUAUCUAGUUAGAUGCUUUAUUAAUUUAAUUUGCUUCUUAUAAUUUUGUUUCUUUGUGGAUUUCCUAUUUUUGUUGGUUGUUAGGAAGUGGUAGAUAUAUGAUGUACGUGGUAGGAAGGAUUGGGAACAGCUUCACAUUUUAAGUGCAAAGUUGAUGUCUCAUUAACUUUACACCAAGUUUUGCUUCUAGCACAUUCAAA